UAACCUAAAAUAAUAUUCCAUUCUAAUCGAAAAUGAAUCAAAGUUGUGUUAUCUAAUUAGUUUAAAUAAACAUUGUGAGUUCAAAUAAUACUUGAUACUUUAAAAAAUUGUAUUAGUUGAAACGUUGCAAUGUUUUGUCCCGAUUUUUCUGAGUUUCAGGAUGUACUGAAGAAGAUGCGUGUACUAGACGACAAGAUAGUAUAUGCACUCAAUACAUCCAUUCCCACAGAAUCCUUCCGGAAGAAAAUAGAUGCAGCUUCUGCAUGUGCAGACUUGUAUUCGCAGAUUCAGAAAGGACAUACCGACCGGGAAGCUGUCAUCAAAAACUGCAUAGUGUCUACGGCCGAGACUGUAAAGAAAUUGAGGGCAGCAAAAGAAGAGAGGCCUGAUGAUUAUGAUGUUUUGAAAACUUUGAAAGCAGAACAACGGAAGCUACGUCUUCUGCAAACUGAACUGAGUGUGGAAGAGGUGAUCCGUGAAAAAACAACAAAGCUGUUUACAGAGAAGUGUAGAAGCUAUUACAAGCCUGACAACUUAUGAAAAUAUAUGAAGACUGAGAAUUGCAAAACCUGUUUUUGAGCCUAUAGUGUAUAUAUUAUAAAUAGAUUUGAGUUAAAAA